GGAGACCUGAAGACAACCAAUAAAAUACUUCAAGACAGCGGCUUGUUUCCCAAUUUUGGCUGCUCACAAACUUCAUCAGAGACCACACAGAUACUCUUUCCGCUAUCGAGACCACGCUUCCUUUCCGUCAAUUUUGAUUCUUGAUAACGAAUUGUCUCAACGCACAGGCUACAUUAUUGAUGUCACCCAUCACGCCGUUCUUAUAGAUAACUAGGAUAACAAGAUGCCUGCCAGGGAUCCAAACGCGUCUCCCCAUGUCCCAUCGACCUUCCCCAACCGCCCUGUCUCACCUAUCAACUCCCAGCAUCCCAAUACGCUCUCUCCGAACGCCUCAGGCUUCUCAGUUCGCACUGUACAGUCAAAUAACGGUGUUUUGAGUCUGCCAAGUCCAGACCAUCAGCAGCCGCAUGGAUAUUUUACCCAAGCUUUACGGAGAGUUAGUGGGACAGGAGGACAUAAUUUGCCUCGGAUGGAAGCACCAGCAAGUGCUGGACAAGAUGUACCAGCUGAGAGGAAUGGUUGGGACGAUACCUCAUUCCACAUACAGGCUGGUUCAACGACUUCCCAAGCUAUUCGAGAUUCCACAGCCCGUUUGGCGUCUGUGUCCUUCUCCACCAGACCUCGUGCAUUCUCAUCAGCUUCCCAGGGCGACAGCUCGUACUCCCAUUCAGCCCUCUCCUCAAGACAUGCCUCUGUAAACCAUGGGCCCACUCAUUCGGUUGCGACUUCUGCUACUGAACAUCGUCCUAUAUACCCUAGUCACCUUAACCCCGCUAUCUCCAAGCCAGGUCCGACCCCUGUCUUGGAAGACGACGAGCGAGACGAGGUUUCCCCGUCCAAAGGUCUUCAAGCCUUACCCGCAUCACCCUUCACCGGGGCCAAAUCAGGCCUGAGUAUGAUGCUGGAGCGAGAUAAGGAGGAGCGGCGCGUAAGGGGAUUGACAGAGGCUGCUUCUCUUCGUAGUAAGCGUUCUGGUAGCUCGAUUGGUAAGCUAGCAAGUGAUGAAGAGGAGUCAGGCGAGAGGACUCCAAUGCCACGUAGAAGCUCGCUGGUGGACGACAUUCUCGAAGUACCGACAACCGAGGGUAAUGCGAGGAUGUCUCAUGCGGGCUCUUCCAGCUCUCUCCGCCGUUUUCUCGCCAAUGAAGUAAAUGAAGAAGAACUCGGACAGGCUCCAGAUGAGAGAUCGCUUUUGUUGGGGGAUGGUCGCGAACGGAAAAAGCGUUCUUGGGCCGGCGAGGCGUUAUCCAAUAUUGAGGGCUGGAAGAACAAUCUAUUAAAGGUGACCCCUAAAGAUGUUGUUGAAGGGAUUAUUUUGGAGCCUAUUAGGACAUUGCCUUCGGUCAUCUUGGGGUUGUUGCUCAAUGUGCUGGAUGGUGUCAGUUACGGCAUGAUCCUCUUCCCUGCAACCCCAAUCUUUGUCGAUUUCGGCUCUCUUGGUGUAUCGAUGUUCUUCGUGUCUUGUAUCGUCUCUCAGCUUGUGUUCUCGCUUGGUGGAAGUAUUUUCCCCGGUGGCAACGGUUCGAUGAUGAUUGAAGCUGUCCCCUUCUUCCAUAUCUUGAUUAAUACCUUUGAACAAGUAUGCGGUGACGAUGAUAAGGCUAUCAUCGCGACGACAAUGGUUGCAUUCGCAUUCAGCUCUAUUUUGACUGGCUUGGUAUUCUUCGCACUAGGUGCGUUUAAGCUCGGUAGUUUGAUCGGAUAUUUCCCUCGUCAUAUUCUAGUAGGAUGUAUCGGCGGUGUUGGUGUCUUCCUUAUCGAAACCGGCCUUGAAGUCUCCCGCGGUCUCAAAGAAGAAGGCUUCGAAUACAACCUUGCCACACUCAAGCUUUUCUUCGAAUCCGGCCAUGCGAUCGCAUUAUGGACCAUUCCCCUCGCUCUGGCUAUCCUCCUCCGAGUCAUUACUCAUUUUUGGCAUCACCAACUCAUUUUCCCAGCCUACUUCUUCAUCAUCCCCGUCAUCUUCUAUAUUGUCAUAGCCAUUGGAAGAUGGGAUCUGCAGCACUUGAGGAAGAUGGGUUGGGUUUUUGAUGUAGGGACAAAUACGCAAGCUUGGUGGAAGUUUUACACCCUUUUUGACUUUCGCAAGACGAAUUGGGAAGCUUUCUGGGCAGCUAUGCCUACGCAGCUCGCUUUGGUCUUUUUUGGCAUUCUACAUGUGCCGCUUAAUGUUCCAGCCCUCGGUGUAUCACUCAGUGAAGACAACGUCAAGCUGGAUCGUGAAUUAGUUGCUCACGGUGCCUCCAAUAUGCUGGCUGGAUUAACCGGAACAGUACCAAAUUAUCUGACCUAUGUCAACACAGUACUCUUCUACCGUGUGGGAGGCGGCUCCAGAUUGUCAGGUCUAAUGCUUGCCAUGGGAACGGCCGCCAUCAUGAUGAUUGGGCCUGCUGUCAUUGCCUCUCUUCCUGUUAUGGUCGUCGGUGCUCUGAUCUUCGUUCUUGGCAUUGACCUCCUUAUGGAAGCUGUCUGGGAUACAAGGCACCGAGUCAACAAGAUGGAGUAUAUUACUAUUUGGGCCAUCGCCAUCGGCAUGACCGUCUUCGACUUUGUCAUUGGACUCUUAUUCGGUAUUAUUUUGGCCUGUAUCUUCUUUGUCGUGCAAAGCUCAAGACGUCGAGCUAUUCGGGCAGUUUUCAACGGUGCAACUGCGAGAUCAACUGUCAGAAGACCGAAAUGGCAAAGAAGUUUCAUCCAGCAGGUCGGUUCUCAAACAUAUGUGAUGAAGCUCCAGGGUUUCCUGUUCUUUGGCACUAUCACCACUGUCGAGGACGAGAUUCGAAAACUCCUCGAUCUUGCUAAGUGGCAGCACAAUCCGAUUCGCUUUCUCAUCAUUGAUUUUGCUCUCGUCCAUGGUCUGGACUUUUCUUCGGCUGAAGCGUUCGUCAGGGUACAACGUUUGCUUGCUGCUAAGGAUGUUCUAUUGAUUAUGUGCGGUGCAAAAUCCGAUGGACUUGUUGGGACUGCAUUGCAAGGUGUCGGCUUAUGGGCAGAUCGAGAAGGCACGAGAGUUGAAGUGUUUGAAUCACUGAAUGAUGCACUGGAAUGGACGGAGAAUGUGUAUCUUACUGCUUUCCUAGAAAACCAACAGUUGAUGGACUGCGAAACCACCACAAAGGUCAUGGACUUCCCAAAAAUCGCCAAGCCACCUUUCUCAUUGUCAGAGUCUUUCCAAAACAGUCCGCGGAGGAGCCACCUGGUUAAAGCAGGUGGAGAUACCAUAUUCCAAACUUCUUACGCUUCCAAAGAUGAUGACGAGCCUUCGACUCCACCACCUGAAGAACCUUUGGCCCAGCCAAUUCCAGUCCUUUUGCAAACCUUUGGUGCCUACUCAGCCUCUUCGGUUUCUUCCAUUUCCACUUCGUUCUGCAAAUCACUCGCCCCUUAUUUCACAAAGUCCUCCAUCAUGCCAGGUGACACCCUUUGGAUGCAAGGCGAUCCUGCCGACGGGAUGUACAUCAUCGAAGUCGGAUGCUUGCGUGCCACCUACGCCUAUAAUGAUACAACAAACUUAGUACAAGAGACAAUGGUGGCAGGUACAAUGGCUGGUGAUAUGAGUGCGUUGAGUGAGACCACGCGAAACUGUAGCGUUGUGGCCGAAAGAGAAUCAGUUCUGUGGAAGUUGAGCCAGGAGAGACUAGAUCAGAUGGUUAAGGAACAGCCCGAGGUUGCUCAGGCUUUUAUCAAGAUGGUUCUCAAGGCGGUGGCGGAAGAGCAGGACGUCUUGUCAUCUCAUCUUAUUGCUGUCCUGUCAUAGAUAGCAGGUCGCUCUCUUAUUCCCCAUCAAAUGACACAGUCCGGAUCGAGGCUGGUGACUAAUAAACGGCAUAUUAGGGAGUUGUAGUAAUGCUUCAGACACUUAUAAACGUAGAGAUGAUCAAAAAGGCAUGAAACGACAUCAAUGAUAUGCUGGAUCAUCUGUUAUGGCGACCAUCUGUUACCUGCGAAAACAAAUAAUUGUACUGUAUGAUGAAGAG